AUGUCAUUUCUAUCGAGAUUCUUAAAGGAUCCACGCAAGAUUCACUUCGCGGCGGCUGAAAAAGUUUUGCAUUAUCUAUACACGACUAGGGGGGUGAAGAUUGUUUAUCGUGAAACAAGCAACAACUGCCUAAAGAUUUACAGCGCUGCAUCUUAUGCAGACAACUCGGACAUGAAAUCAACAUUUGGGUAUAUCGUAAAGUAUGCAGGGGGAGCUGUCUCGUGGGGCUCUAAAAAGAUUCCAUGUGUGGUCCUGUCCACUGCAGAAGCUGAAUACAUUGCAGCAAGCGAGAGUCUUAAAGAGGUCAUCUGGAUAGACGAACUAUUAAGAUACAUGGGUAUACGGUGUUCCCCACAUCAACUGUUGGUGGAUAAUCAAUCGGCAUUGAAAUUGUUGGAUCAUCCAAUCAAUCACUCUAAAACGAAACAUAUUAGAGUCAAGUUUCACUUUUUCCGUGAACACGUUGCAAAGGGCACGGUCGUCCCACAGUACCUCAACACGGAAGAUCAGAUGGCAGAUGUAAACACUAAGAUAACCACUCGCGAACAGUCCAAGACUAACCUGGAGUCAUUAACCAAGUGUAUCUUUGAGGCGGUAUCAAUGACUACCUUUUCAUUGUUGUUAGUCCUGUCACUUCUAACGUCUGCCACUGCUCUGAUUUUUUUGUAUUUUUCUGUUUUUAUCAUUGAUUUUUUGUUGAGAGUCAUUCUCAGUGGUCUUUUGCCUUCUCUGAAUAUCUAG